GGCACUUCCGGCGGCGAUGCGGGUGAAGGUGCGGAGCUGGAGCGGCGUCGCCUCGUGGCUGUGGGUGGCGAACGACGAAAACUGCGGUAUCUGCCGCAUGGCCUUCAACGGCUGCUGCCCCGACUGCAAAGUGCCCGGGGACGACUGCCCGCUGGUGUGGGGACAGUGCUCGCACUGCUUCCACAUGCACUGCAUCCUGAAGUGGCUGCACUCGCAGCAGGUGCAGCAGCACUGCCCCAUGUGCCGCCAGGAGUGGAAGUUCAAGGAAUGAUCCCCUCCGCCCCCGUCCACCGCUCCUCUCCCGGCUCCGUGGGCGGGGAGCGGCGGUUCCCCUCGGGCUGUGCGGCGGGGGCGGGCGCGGCCAUAAAGAGGCGGCGGCGGCGGCGUUCGGGAGCGCUGCGCUCCCUCUGGCACGAUGCGCGCCGCCCGCUGCCUGGCUCUAGCCGUAGCCGUGGCGCUGCUCUGCCGCCCCGCCGCUCCCUGGUACCGGCAGGCGGCCGCGCCCCUCUCCUAUCCGGUGGGCAGAGCCUCGGGACUGCUCUCCGGCCUCCGCCUGCCCUACAGCCGCCGCUCCGACAGCGAAGGUGCCGCCGAGCGCCGCCCCCCAGCGCUCCAUCCCGGAUCCGCCGCUCCGCUCCGCACCGCGGUGCCGUGUGUGACAGAUGUGGACCCCAAGCUACGGAGCUGCCGGCCGCUGUCGGGGGUCCCCGGUGCUCUCCAGUGCAGAGUGGCUGUGACGGUGUCCUUGGUCUCCACGGAGUGUGCAGGCGCCUGAGGUGGCACGGUUGCUCUAUAGUGACAAUAAAUGCCCAUGGAAUGGAAA